UCAAACCACAUGAAUAAGAUGCUGGUAGCACAAUCUGAUAGGUAGCAUUUUUUUCGCUAUCGAUUUGUGCUAGCUAUCUUUUUAAUGGGAGAAAGCACAAUCUGAGCAGGUAGCACAAAUCGUCAGAACACCAGUUGAGCUACCAAGCAAGCCUAUUAUGACCGGAAAGUGAAACAUAUGGAGCUGUAAUCAUAACGGUGUACGAAAACGAUUACAAGUGCUCGCUGUUUUACCACCUAGUGUUUAUUUCUGUUAGAAACUGCAAUGAUAUGUACUUAUUGGUAGCCUAUGUAUUUCGCGUCUUGCAAAAAAGUUCCCUUCUCACAGGUACGUUUUUGUCAUGAGAUCACGUAGCUCAACCCCAUCAAACACCUUUGGGAUGAACUGGAACUGGAGAUAGCUAGCCAGGCCUUCUUGUUCAACAUCAGUCCCUGACCUUACAAAUGCUUCACUGGAUCAAUUGGCAAAAAUCCCCACAAAAACCUCACCACUCAACAUUAGUCACCACAACUGUUUGAUUACCAACAUUCAUCAAAAUAUUUUCUUUUGUGUUCUGCAGAACAAAGAAAUACAAAAAGUGUGAAAAUAAUGUUUGACAGAACUUUCUUUUUUUUGGGGGUGGGGGGGUGGACUAUCCCAUAUUUACCUUAACAAGCUCUUGUAUCAUGAUCACAGGAGGGAUAGAGAGUGGUAUUGUAGGUGGCAAAGCAGUAAAACCUCAUUCCAGACCAUACAUGGCAUCUCUCCAGUAUAGAAGACAACAUACAUGUGGAGGGAUGCUGAUUAGGGAUGAUUAUGUGCUGACUUCAGGUCACUGUUUGGAGUGAGUAUGUACAAUUCGAACAUAUUUUUUAAAUAAUGAAUGUACUAACAUGAUGCUCUGCAGUUAUCACCACUUAAAAUAAUCUCAACAUUAAAUGUUUUAACAGCAAUCUUUUUAAUUCUUGGCUACUCCCUGCUACCAUUUCCAUAUGGAAUGUCAUAAAAAUGGUUAAGAGUCAUUUUUUUAAUCUUUUUGUCUGUAUUGCUUCCAAUGCUGUGAACAAAUGAUGCCACUAAGGUCCUGUAUGAAAUAUAACCUACUUUUAUUGAACUAGCCUUAUUAAAUUGCAUAUAUAUAAAAAAAAGAAUGCAACAAAAGGACAAACAGUUUAAAGUGCAAAUAAAUAAAUAAAUCUGAUACAAUCCUAAAACAAAAAUAAAAUCAGCUGUAGAACGUUUGUACAUGGGAAGGUACCUAACAUUAAUUAUUCUUAAUGUUGAAAGGUAUAGAUUAUCAUGCCAUUACAUAUAAAAUGUUAUGAAAUGGCAAAGAUGCUGCCAGCUGUGACUGCAAAAAUUAAGAUGUCCAUAUGAAAGUAAAGUAAAUAGCAAAUGUCAUGACCUUCAUUUUAGGGUUUAGCAAAAUCACUCCUUCUUGUAUGUUACAGAUGCCCCCCUUUUUGUUUUUCCCCCAACAAUUUUUAUGCUUUUAUGUUUGCUACAAGCAAUGUCCUGUCAAAUAAAAAUUGGCUGCAAAAUAAUGUACAUUGAUCAGUCUGUAUUUGAUCUAUAUAGGCCACCAAAACUUCAUCCCAAUCAUUUCUUCUUUUUUUGGAUAGACACUAGAUUUUGAAUUAAGGUACUUUUUAAAGCACUGUUUUAUUUCUUUUCUGAUAACCUUAAUUGGGAAUAGCAUUUCAUUACUCUUUGUUCCUGUGACUCAGUUGUUUGUUGGAUAAUGGCUAGUUGUUAUUUUGCACACACUUUGUGGUUUGAGGUAAGAGGGGGAGGAGUUACUCCUAGUGAGGGUAGAGAGUGUUGUUUUUUUUAUAUGUUCAUAUUAACACUUAAUGCUUAAACGGAGGCUGUUGCACCAUGGUUCUUAAUUCUUUUCUUCUUCUGCUUGUUAUCUGUUUGGCUGGUGGGAUGGGGAGUGGUAUUAUUGGAGGAAAAGAAGCUAAACCUCAUUCUAGGCCAUACAUGGCAUCUAUUCAGUACAAAAAUCAUCACACAUGUGGAGGGAUGCUGAUCAGAGAGGAUUAUGUACUGACAGCGGCCCACUGUUUGAAUGACAAUGUCCACUGUGAUCAGAACCACUUUGAGGUUGUUCUGGGAGUUCACAACAUUUCCAAGGUGGAAAAGAGCCAGCAGAGAAUCCCAGUGAUUAAAUGCAUUCCACAUACUAAGUUUAAACAGAACAAUACGAUGGACUACAGCUAUGAUAUCAUGUUACUAAAGCUGAAGAACAAAGCCAAGCUGAACAAAUUUGUAAAAGUUAUGCCUCUUCCAAAGAAAAAUGGAAAAACACCAGCUAAUGUCAAAUGCUCCAUUGCUGGUUGGGGGUCGAAAACCCCAAAAGGAGAACAGGCAUCAGAUGUGAUGCAGGAAGUCAAGCUUAAACUGCAAUUCAGCUUCGAAUGUAAAAACAAGUGGAAGCAGUACUUCAACUCUGAGAGAAUGAUCUGUAGUGUUUCAGAUGGGAAACAUGCUUUUUGUUCGGGGGAUUCAGGAAGUCCUUUUAUCUGCAAUACUAAACCACAAGGAAUUGCUUCAUAUACCAUUGAUGAUAAAUAACAGAGAUGAUAAGAGUGAUAAAGAGAUGACAAAUAACAAGGAGAAAGUGCAUCAAGGUUGCUUCAGAAAGUCACUCUGUCUGCUGCUCACCUCAGAAUGUAGAAUCAUGUGGCAGCGAUACUUCAGUUCAGAAUUAUACAUUUGUGGUCAGAAUUAUUGGCACCACUGGACAUUGGACUCUGGAAACAUGUUCUGUAGAGUGGCCAAUCACACCUCUCUGUUUGGCAGUCUGAUGGGCGAGUCUGAGCUUGGUGAAAGCCAGAAGUUACCUGCCUGAAGGCAUUGUGCCAACUGUAAAGUUUGGUAGAGGAGGGAUAAUGGUAUGAGGCUGUUUUUUCAGGGGUCUCAACCCCUGAAAAACACCUCUGGGAUGAACUGGAACUGGAGAUUGCUAGCCAGACGUUCUUGUUCAAUAUUAGUGUCUGAACUCACAAAUGCUUUGCUGGAUAAAUGGCCAAAAAUUUUGACAAAGAACACUCACCUCUCAACAAUAGUAACCACAACUGUUUGAUUACCGUCAUUCAUCAAAAUAUCUUCCUCUGUGUUCUGCAGAAGAAAGAACCACAAAAAGUUUGAAAGUAAUGUUUGACAGAACUUUCUAUUUUUUUGGUGAGGUGGGGGUGGGGGGUUGACUAUCGCUGUUGACAAUAUUCCUGAGAACUGUUUGUGUUAUUAUAAAUGCGAGUCAGAUCUUUCCAGUGUGACAAAAUAGUCUCUGACCUAUAUACUCUGUCACAUAUGAAAGUAGACCUCAUUGAGGGUCAAAUCCUGUUCAUGUUCUACUCCUGCAUCAGCACAGACGUACACCACGCUGCUCAGUGUCUGCCUCUGUCACCUGGGUUUUAGCUGUAAUUUUAUACACGCAUUUAUGGUUUUGGGUAAGAGGGCGAGGAGAUACAAAUAGUAAGUGCAGAGAGUGGGUCAGAAUAAUUGAAUAGCAUGCGCACUUAAUGCUUAAACUCAGACUAUACUUCUCAGUCAAUAAUUGCACCAUGUUUCCUUACAUCUUUCUUCUCCUCGUUGGUCUCCCUUUGGCUGGCAAGAUGUUAUUGAUUUUGUUCUUUCUGAAUUUGCAUUGUGCAUUGUUUUUUUAAGAGCAAAAAUUAUUUGAAAGCUAGAAUAUGAUUUAAAUAAAAAUUAGUGGAAAUCAUCAGGGUCCAAGCACCAAUGAUUCGUGCGGAUGAUUAGGUGUUGCAAUUGAAAUGUUUCUUUUCAAAUAUAAUGUGGUUUUUACAGAAAAUCCCAUUUUGAAUUUUCACUGAUAUUUAGGGUUUGAUGAAACAGGUUACAGCAAUACUGGUGUCAAAGGGGACAACUAACUUUCAAAAGAAAUCACCCCUCUUACUGUCAGACUGAAAGAGAGAGGGAAAAACCACUGUUUACAAUCAUAAUAUAUUGUGAUCAGAAGAUAUGUGGUGUAUGUCUGUAACAUUAACAUUUAGAAGAAUUGCAUGUUACAGGUCAUUUUGCAGAUCAAAAUAAAUAAAUAAAUAAAAAAGUAAAUAAUUAAUUACCAUU